AUGAAUCCGAACUGGGAUCCAUCCAAGCAGUCACUGCCGAGCAACUGCCCGUCAAACGCCUGCAACUGGCUCCGGGUGCCAUCCGAGAGUCUCACUGGCAUGGCGCCGACGAACCUGCCGUUCUUUCCCUUGACCACGACGGAUCCGAUGAUUGUGAAGAAGCGGAACCCCGUCAAUCCGUCAGUAUCCUCUCAGGCAGUCGCAUCCUCCGGUACCAUGGCAUUUGCUCGGCGGUUGGCAAUCCUCCCCGGUGGUCUCGGUGGGCUGGGGUCCCACAUCGGCCUGAAGCUGCGGCAACCGGGCGCCCGCCUGGCCAUCCUGCCCUCCCGGAAGAGGUGGCCGAUGCGGUGCUGUUUCUCUGUCAGGUACGCCGCACGCACCGUGCAUGGCUGGAUGCUGUUGGACAGUUCUGACCCCCGACCCGACAAAACAGGAUUCCAGCAGGAUGAUCAACGGAGCGGAUCUCCGGGUGGACAGGGGGUUCACCAUCCGGUAGAGAAUCGGUUGAGACUGGAGGCUCUGGAGGCUUGGUGA